AUGAGAUCCAUACCAGAACCAAGACAGACGAGAUUUAAUCGCAUCCGCAGACUAUUGCACAAAGCGCAUAAUUGUCUCACGAUGAAGAGAUUCAAAAGAAGAUAUAACGUCCACAAAAUAAAGAAGGGGUCUAGGGUUGCCAAUCUGAGAUCAGCAGUUCCUUUAGACCAUAUUGCAAAUAUUCCAACAGGAAUGACACACAAAUCCAGCAAUAUAAAGCCAUUGCUUCUUGUUUCAUUUAACAAAGGUCGGCAACAUUCCCCAAAAGUUAGGAUGCUAGAAAAUAAUGGGCGCUUAAGGUCAUGGGUAAGCGGUAGAAAAUUCACUUUAAAAAAGAUUGUAAAUAAUGCUACCAUUGAGCGUGAUCCAAAUAUGGCUGAUAUUCAUACCGUUAGGCGAGAUGUCGCUAAUCAUGCUGACCUAAAGGUUAAUUAUUCACAGCAGGGAAUCGUUAAAUCCGUUGACAUUCCAUGCUGCUACACGGAAGACCCUAAGUUAAUUAACAUAGGGCAAGAACAUACUCUACGAAUCCGGGAUUACCCAUCUUUGAACCCGAACCAGACAAUGAGAAGCACCGUUAGACCAAUGCAUAAACAAGAACCUCUCUCUAAAAUCUUCUUUCAAGAUAUGCUGGAAACAGUAAGCUCCUGA